ACUUCCUCAAACGGCUCAAUCACAGAAGAAAGCAGGCGCUGCAGAGAAAAAUUCCGUUUCUUCUGAAGGAGAGGCUCUGCCUGAGGGGUUGCCAUGGCCCCUUUCCUGAGAAUUGCAUUUAAUGCCUAUGAUCUUGGCACAUUCUCGCCAAUGGCUGAGGCACCAUUCUGUGCAGUCAAAAUGAAGGAAGCUCUCAGCACUGAGAGAGGAAAAACCCUUGUCCAGAAGAAACCCACCAUGUAUCCUGCUUGGCGAUCCAGUUUUGAUGCGCAUAUUUUUGAAGGACGAGUCAUACAAAUACUACUCAUGAGAACUGCAGAGGAACCUUUAGCAGACGUUACUGUUGGCGUAUCUGUGUUGGCUGAAAGAUGCAAGAAGGCAAACGGGCAUGCAGAGUUUUGGGUUGAUUUGCAGCCUUCAGGGAAGGUUAUGAUGUCUGUACAAUUCUUUUUGGAGGAUUCAGAUACAGGCUCAGUGUGUCGUCAUUCAGUAGUGGCCAACGAAGAGAUACCAACCCUCAACCGCCGUCGUGGAGCAAUUAAACAGGCCAAAAUUCACUUCAUCAAAAACCAUGAGUUCAUUGCCACCUUCUUCAGACAGCCCACCUUCUGCUCCGUCUGCAGAGAUUUUGUUUGGGGUCUCAACAAGCAAGGAUAUAAAUGUAGACAAUGCAAUGCAGCCAUCCACAAGAAGUGUAUUGAUAAAAUUAUUGGAAGGUGCACUGGCACUGCAGCCAAUAGUCGAGAUACAAUGUUUCAGAAGGAGCGUUUUAAGAUUGAUAUGCCACAUCGCUUUAAGACUAACAACUACAUGAGUCCGACUUUUUGUGACCACUGCGGCAGUCUGCUGUGGGGUCUUGUCAAACAAGGCCUCAAAUGUGAGGACUGUUCCAUGAAUGUCCAUCAUAAAUGCCAGACUAAAGUGGCUAACCUGUGUGGCAUCAACCAGAAACUGCUGGCAGAAGCUCUUACUCAAGUCUCAACUAAAUCAUCCACCAAGCGACCUGACAACAACACACAGGAUGUUGGUGUUUACCAGGAUUUUAAUAAAAGCCCAGGACCUGAUGUUACUGAUGGGACUCCUUAUGGUCAUAUAUGGGAAGGUUCAAGUCCUCGUCCUCCAUCUCGAAUCACCCACCAAACACGUAUUACUGCUGAGCAUUUCAUUUUCCAUAAAGUCCUGGGGAAGGGAAGCUUUGGCAAGGUGCUGUUGGCUGAGCUGAAAGGCACUGGUGAAUGGUUUGCAGUGAAGGCACUGAAGAAAGACGUGGUGCUGAUGGAUGAUGAUGUGGAGUGCACCAUGGUGGAGAAACGUGUGCUUGCUCUUGCCUGGGACAAUCCCUUUCUGACACACCUCUACUCUACAUUUCAGACCAAGGAGCACUUAUUCUUUGUGAUGGAGUAUCUGAAUGGAGGUGAUCUUAUGUUUCACAUACAGGAAAAAGGGCGUUUUGAUCUGUACAGAGCCACGUUCUACGCCGCUGAAAUAGUGUGUGGCUUGCAGUUUCUCCAUUCCAAAGGCAUUAUUUACAGGGAUCUCAAGCUGGAUAAUGUGAUGUUAGAUGGAGAUGGUCACAUAAAAAUAGCUGAUUUUGGCAUGUGCAAGGAGAAUGUGUUUGGAGACAAUCGGGCCACAACCUUCUGCGGAACUCCUGAUUAUAUUGCUCCUGAGAUUCUGCUCGGUCAGCAGUACUCGUUCUCAGUAGACUGGUGGUCUUUUGGUGUGCUCGUCUAUGAGAUGCUCAUUGGUCAAUCUCCAUUCCACGGCGAUGACGAGGACGAGCUGUUUGAAUCGAUCCGAAUGGACACACCUCACUAUCCUCGCUGGAUCUUACUGGACACCAGAGACAUGCUAGAAAGGCUGUUUGAACGUGACCCAUCACGCCGUUUAGGGAUUGUGGGUAAUAUACGAGGCCAUUCAUUCUUCAAAACUGUCAACUGGGCUGCUCUAGAAGGGCGAGAAGUUGAUCCUCCUUUCAAACCAAAAGUGAAAGCUCCAAAUGAUUGCAGUAACUUUGACCGGGAGUUUUUGAGUGAGAAACCUCGUCUCUCACACUGUGAGAAAGGCCUGAUCGAUUCUAUGGACCAGUGUGCUUUCGCCGGCUUCUCAUUCAUUAAUCCCAAAAUGGAGCAUCUUAUUACAAAGUGACACUUCUACAAUGGGGUCAGAACGGAAACGAUCUGUUAUUUUCACGUGAUCAAAGUACUGAGCCAGUUUAUUGCUCACCACCAAACUAGCCAUGAGCACUCCUCUCUAAAAAAGUAUCUAUGUCUAAACAGGCUGUCAGAACACCUUUAUAACCUAAUAAACAUUGCAAACUUUCUAAUGGUGUGCCAGAAAAAAAACUCAGCCUCGUUUCAUUUUAGGAUGCCCCAAUCUCAGUGCAGUUUUUAACUUGUCCUUGCAAAGUUAGGAUGUCUAAAAAUAACUCUGCUGGGUUAGUACAAACUUGACAGCUGAAUGCAGGGAGUGUGCUGGUAGUUCAGUUUGGGACAAGAGCAAUUAAAAGAGUUGUACAAAUACAAAAUAGGUCAGAGAUUAUAUAAAGGUAUUGUUUAAAUCAAUAUGUGCUUGCUAGUCAUGGAUUAUGUUGUACAUUUUUUCGGUGAUCUGUGUUUGUGAGUAUUAAUUAUGGUCGUGCAAAGGAUUAAGCAGCAUUUGUUGAAUGUUUACUUUGUGAGUGUCGAAUGAAAAUAUCUGUGUUUUAAUUAGUUUGUGUAUAUCUGGUGCAGAAACAUAGCCAUCUUAGCUCUGAGAGUGUCAUCCGUUUCCAUGUUUUAGUGUGUAUAUUGUUGCAUUGUUUUUAUAAGAUGUACUUAUUAAGAGACUACAUGAACAAACGUCAUACAGGACUCUGUUUUAGGAUGAGAAACUUCACAGUGUCUAAUAAACAUUUGAUGGUGAAAAA